GGUGGGUGGAGCUGCUUUUUUUCAUGAGUCACGGCCCUUCAUGGUGUCUGUCAUUUCAUUUACCCUCCUUUUGACUAACAGUUGGAAAUUCUUCCAGAUUUUGACAGCACAUUGUUUCUCAGUUGUACUUUUUGACGGUGGCAUCUAUUUUGUGUGUCUCCAUGUUUAUGUUAGGAAGGAUUUGGGAAGAGUGGUCUCGGGGAUUGCCUCUCAGAUGCCGUUUAAAAACAAACGCCCUGUGUAAAAAGGAAAGGGACUUGGAGGCCAAGUUCAUUAUUCAGAUGGAGAAAAGCAAAACAACAAUCACAAACUUAAAGAUACCAGAAGGAGGGACUGGGGACUCAGGAAGAGAACGGACCAAGACCUUCACCUAUGACUUUUCUUUUUAUUCUGCUGAUACAAAAAGUCCGGAUUAUGUUUCACAAGAAAUGGUUUUCAAAUCCCUUGGCACAGAUGUCGUGAAAUCUGCAUUUGAAGGUUACAAUGCUUGUGUCUUUGCAUAUGGGCAAACUGGAUCUGGAAAAUCCUACACGAUGAUGGGAAAUUCUGGCGAUUCUGGCUUAAUACCUCGGAUCUGUGAAGGGCUCUUCAGUCGGAUCAGUGAAACCACCAGAUGGGAUGAAGCAUCUUUUCGAACCGAAGUCAGCUACUUAGAAAUUUAUAAUGAACGUGUGAGAGAUCUACUUAGGCGGAAGUCAUCUAAAACCUUUAAUUUAAGAGUCCGUGAGCAUCCCAAGGAAGGACCUUAUGUUGAAGAUUUAUCCAAACAUUUAGUACAGAAUUACAGUGACGUAGAAGAACUUAUGGAUGCGGGAAAUAUCAAUCGUACCACGGCAGCGACCGGGAUGAACGACGUCAGUAGCAGGUCUCAUGCCAUCUUCACCAUCAAGUUCACUCAGGCAAAAUUUGAUUCUGAAAUGCCAUGUGAAACUGUGAGUAAGAUCCACUUAGUCGAUCUUGCUGGAAGUGAGCGCGCAGAUGCCACCGGAGCCACCGGCGUUAGGCUUAAGGAGGGGGGGAACAUUAACAAGUCCCUCGUGACUCUGGGGAACGUCAUCUCUGCCUUAGCCGAUUUAUCUCAGGAUGCAGCAAAUCCUCUUGUAAAGAAGAAGCAAGUUUUUGUGCCUUACAGGGAUUCUGUUUUGACAUGGUUGUUAAAAGAUAGCCUUGGAGGAAACUCUAAAACUAUCAUGAUUGCCACCAUUUCACCUGCUGAUGUCAAUUAUGGAGAAACCCUAAGUACUCUUCGCUAUGCAAAUAGAGCCAAAAACAUCAUCAACAAGCCUACCAUUAAUGAGGACGCCAACGUCAAGCUCAUCCGUGAGCUGCGAGCUGAAAUAGCCAGGCUGAAAACGCUGCUCGCUCAAGGGAAUCAGAUCGCCCUCUUAGACUCCCCUACAGCUUUAAGUAUGGAGGAAAAACUUCAGCAGAAUGAAGCAAGAGUUCAAGAAUUGACCAAGGAAUGGACAAAUAAGUGGAAUGAAACCCAAAAUAUUUUGAAAGAGCAAACUCUAGCCCUUAGGAAAGAAGGGAUUGGAGUUGUUUUGGAUUCUGAACUGCCACAUUUGAUUGGCAUUGAUGAUGACCUUCUGAGCACUGGGAUCAUCUUAUAUCACUUGAAGGAAGGUCAGACAUAUGUUGGUAGAGAAGAUGCUUCAACAGAGCAAGAUAUUGUUCUUCAUGGCCUUGACUUGGAGAGUGAGCACUGUGUCUUUGAAAAUGUCGGGGGGACAGUGACUCUGAUUCCCCUGAGUGGGUCUCAGUGUUCCGUGAAUGGUGUUCAGAUCAUGGAGGCCACACAUCUAAAUCAAGGUGCCGUGAUACUCUUGGGAAGAACCAAUAUGUUUCGCUUUAACCAUCCAAAGGAAGCCGCCAAGCUCAGGGAGAAGAGGAAGAGUGGCCUUCUGUCCUCCUUCAGCCUGUCCAUGACCGACCUCUCCAAGUCCUGCGAGAACCUGUCCGCGGUCAUGUUGUAUAACCCCGGUCUUUUCCCUGUAAAAGGACCCAUCUGUCUAAGACUUGAAUUUGAGAGGCAACAGCGUGAAGAACUUGAAAAAUUGGAAAGUAAAAGGAAACUCAUCGAAGAAAUGGAGGAGAAGCAGAAGUCGGACAAGGCGGAGCUGGAGCGCAUGCAGCAGGAGGUGGAGACGCGGCGCAAGGAGACGGAAAUCGUGCAGCUGCAGAUCCGCAGGCAGGAGGAGAGCCUCAAACGCCGCAGCUUCCACAUCGAGAACAAGCUGAAGGACCUGCUCGCCGAGAAGGAGAAGUUCGAAGAGGAGAGGCUGAGGGAGCAGCAGGAGACCGAGCUGCAGAGGAAGAGACAAGAGGAAGAGAGCUUCCUCCGCAUCCAGGAAGAGCUCCAGCGGCUCCGGGAACUCAACGACAACGAGAAGGCCGAGAAGAUCCAGAUAUUCCAGGAGCUGGGCCGGCUCCAGAGGGAGAAGGACGAGCAGUGCGCCAAGCUCGAGCUGGAGAAGAGGAGGCUGGAGGAGCAAGAGAAGGAGCAGGUGAUGCUGGUGGCCCACCUGGAGGAGCAGCUGCGGGAGAAGCAGGAGAUGAUCCGGCUGCUGCGGCGCGGGGAGGUGCAGCGCGUGGCGGGGGAGAAGCGCGACCUGGAGGGCAUCCGCGCGUCGCUCCUGCGGGCCAAGGAGGCUGGCGCCGGCGGGGACGGAGACGCCGGGGAGUUAGAGAAGGCGCAGCGGCACUUCUUCGAGUUCAAGAGAAGGCAGCUGGUCAAGCUGGCGAGCUUGGAGAGGGACCUGGUUCAGCAGAAGGACCUCCUGAGCAAGGAAGUCGAAGAGGAGCACGAGGCCCUGGAGCGUUUAAAAUGCGACCACAAGGAAGAGUCCCGGUUGCCGGGAAAACGCGACGAGGGCGCCCCCACGGUCACCCCGGCGGCCCCAGACUUAGAGAAAAUAAAGCCGGCGGAGUACAGGCUGCAGUAUAAAGAGCGCCAGCUCCAGUACCUCCUGCAGAACCAUUUGCCGACCCUGUUGGAAGAAAAGCAGAGAGCGUUUGAAAUCCUCGACAGCGGCCCGCUCAGUUUAGACAACACUCUUUAUCAAGUGGAAAAAGAAAUCGAAGAAAAAGAAGAGCAGCUUGCACAGUACCAGGCCAACGCCAGCCAGCUGCAGAAGCUCCAAGCCACCUUUGAAUUCACUGCCAACAUCGCGCGCCAGGAGGAGAAAGUGAGGAAGAAGGAAAAGGAGAUUCUGGAAUCGCGGGAGAAGCAGCAGAGGGAGGCGCUGGAGCGGGCGGUGGCCAGGCUGGAGAGGAGGCAUUCGGCGCUGCAGCGGCGCUCCACCCUGGGCCUGGAGAUCGAGGAGCAGAGGCAGAAGCUGGCCACUCUGCACAGCAGCAGCCGAGAGCAGUCGGGGCUCCGGGCCAGCCUGGAGGCUGAGCAGGAAGCCCUGGAGAAGGACCGGGAGAGGUUAGAGCAUGAAAUCCAGCAGCUGAAGCAGAAGAUUUGUGAGGUUGAUGGUGUUCAGAAAGAUCAUCAUGGGACCCUGGAGGGGAAGGCUCCUGGUUCCGGCUUGCCAUUCAGUGCGGAAAAAUCUCACCUGGGCACCCUGAUGGACGCCAGGAUCAACGCCUACAUUGAAGAAGAAGUGCAAAGACGUCUUCAGGAUUUGCAUCAUGUGAUGGAUGAAGACAGCAGUACAUCUACAGACAUGGCAAAGGAUAAUGAGAAACUCCACAAUGGCACUAUUCAACGUAAGCUAAAAUAUGAGAAAAGGCAGUCUCGCCUGGCACGGCGUCUUGCCCUGCUUCUGCCCAGGUAUGCCACCGACACUCCCAGCACCACUAGAGAGGAGAGGAGGAAGGUGCAUCGGACCAACCACUGGGGUCAUCCCAUGACACGGAGCAUCUCAGGCCCUGAAACUCCUUCCUCAGCAUCACAAGAGAGAACCCACUGGCGAAGGGAUCAGUCCUCAGUGCCUGAGAUAUGGCAGGACAGUGGUUGCAAAUAUCAUUGUCCUGAAUGUGCUGGCCAUUUAGAACCAAAACGUUUUACUCUACCCAAAAUCUCUUCUCUUAAUGAAAGCUAUAGCGGUGAUGCAGAAGAUUUUCAGGACAACUCAGUGAGUUUCACUGAGCUGAUGACUCAUAAAGAAAUUCAGUCCAGUUGGACUUUGCUGCAGUGUACAUCCCAAGAAGUUUCUGUAAAUAGUGGAAGCCAGCAGGCCAGGCAAAGCCAGGUGCUCUCCUUUGUUCUCUCUGAAAGCAUUUCUCAUGAGGAGAGGGCAUCUGGCAGUGUUCCUCAGGGUGGACUGGCUUCUGAGUUUUGCAGUGAGCUGCAAGAUGAGGAAGAGUUAGCUGCUAAAAAGGUUAGCUCUUUAGAGUUACUGAUAAAUACCAGGAUAGAAGGAAACAAUGGCCUGGGAUAUUUUUAUCACAAGUUCUCAGAUCUUUAUAAAGACACCAGCAGUCACCUGCUCCAGGCUGGCACAAAGGUGCUCAGCCAUGCCGGGUUCGUGGGCAGCCUUUGUGCUCCAAGUAGGCUCACCUCCCGUGUGACAACAUUCAUCAGAAGAAUGCCGUUUCUGCAGCACUUAGCCCCGGAUGUGCCCUGGAAGUCCCACGUGCAGUCGACAGAACCUCAUUCUUUUCCUGAAGCUCAUGCUGGCAGCAGCAAAAGCCACGAGGCAAGGGGACCUGGGCCCGCAGAGUGUGCCACGCCAUACGAGGCCUCUGCCUUUGCAGCUGCAGGUUUACCAGGUUCCUCGCCAAGCUCAGUUUUCUGCCUUGAAUACGAAGAUGCUAGAAAGAGCUCGGCAUUUAAGCAGACCCUCGUGCAAUUCCCAGACCAAAUGCUGCAACUUCAGGAGUGCCCUUUAAAAGAUCUUCUUGAGCAUGUGAGUUGUUCUCUUCCAGAACCUUUGAGCGACACGAAUGAAGUCAGAGGUAUUUACUGGCUUGCUGUUGCUAACUGCAUGGAACCUGAUCCCCAGCCAGCAUGUUUGCUGCUGCUUCGGUCAGCUUUGUAUGCUCUGGUCCUGUCAGAUAAUCACUCUGGCUCAAUGAGCAUCUUUCAUGCUCUACCUCUCUCGGGACUUCAGGAGAUCCAGAUUGGCUUUGGUGGACAGAGUAUUCGAUUCCUGAGCUCUGCAGAGCCUCUCCUACUCACUGUAUUCAGUUACAACAAAACCCUCACUCAACAGCUAUGUCGUGACCUCCUGUGUGUCCUGAUGCCCGAGUCUGAUGCCACUGCCUAUGCUAAUCAUCCUUUGCUCCAGCAAGAUCUGGUUCAGCUUUCUCUUGAUUGGAAAGCAGAAAUCCCUGGUUUAGUUUUGGCAAACGGAGUUCAGUUGUCAUCCAGAUUCCAGACUACCUUGGUGGAUAUGAUUUACUUCCUUCAUGGAAAUAUGGAAGUCGACAUCCCGUCUCUGGCAGAGGUUCGGUUACUGCUGUACACAACAGUGAGGGUCCAGGGUGCGUCUGGCCGUGACCGGUGGCAGUCACUGGUCCUUCUGAACACCCACAUCGCUCUGGUGAGGGAAGAUCGUGUUUUUUUCCCACGCACUCGGUCUCUAAUCAUACCUCCUCGACGUGCACAAUUCGAUGUGAUUAAAUGCCGUGCCUUAAGUGAAUUCAGGGGUGUCGUUGUUCCAGAGAAGAAAAAUGUAUCUAUGGUAGAACUUGUCUUCUUACAAAAACUCAAACUUGCAUCAGAUUCAAGAUACAGUUCAUCUGAGCACCUUCCGGAAGCACCGCAUGUCCAGUUAUUCACCAGCCCCUUGUGUCUUCAAGGUGGUCAGAAUAUAGCACCCGAGGUCUGGAAACUAACUUUCAGUUCUCAAGAUGAGGCUGUCUGGCUAAUCUCACAUUUGACAAGACUCUAGGGAGGAGACUUUUAAAGAUGGACUGCAUAUUAUUUGAGAUCAUUAAUAAAAUACGCAUUAUGAAAACAGUCAAGGGAAUAUGAAUAUCUCAAUGUAGCUAAUUGAAUUGGAACUGGAAAAAUGCAGACCUCUAAAAGUGAAAAAUGUAAAUAAUUUAAAUAUAUGCAAUAAAAUAAAAAUAGCUGAUAGCAGAGCACUGAUAAAAUAUCUUUAUCACCACCUUGCUUCACUUUCUUGAAACUCAGGCUCGUAAAUUUGUGUCCACCUCAUUAUUUGUGAGAUGAUUGAAGCAUUUCUGAUUGUUUUUGGCUCUAUGUCGAUUUAUAGCGUGGUAGCUUGGAAUCUGUCUGUGCCUGCUGGAUUCCGGCAGGCUAAUUUGUGCUGCCUGAAAAAGUGCCCAGUCUGGCAGUGACCUUCAUUGACAUCCGCCGUUUUAGCCGUGAUUAGGACAGCUAUGUAGCAGAGCACAUUAGUGAUGCAUCGAGCUGCCUAUAAGGACCCAGGGAUUUAAAAUGUCCUCCCAUCACCGUAAUAUGUGGAAUCGAGACAGUGAUGCAUGCCCUGCAGUGUCUUCUUUUUCUCAGUUAAUUGCCUUUUCCUUCUUCCUUUCAUACUUCUUGCCUCUUCCCUUCUAACCUGUGUUAUUUCAGCUCCUUAUUUGUUGGUAUAGUUUUGACUACUCUUUCCCAUAACCACCCCCCCCCACCACCACCACCACCACAUUCCAGCUCUUUGUCUGAACUUUCGUAUUUCUACCCCCGAAAGGCUCUUCUUCUGGGAGUCUGACUUUCUCAUCGGAUCUUUCUGCUGUCUUGUCAAAUAUGUGGUCGCCUCAGAAGGCAUUCAGUACUUCUCACUGGCUGCCCUCCUUCUGGCCUGGCCUGUAACUGUCACUCGUAGCCUCCUGAACCAGUGGGUUUGCUGGCCUCCCUCCUGAGGAGUGUUCCUGCCCACAUCCUGUGGUCAGUUGCCCUCCUCCUCUGUAAGAGGCUUUCCUCUCUGUCCACCUCUGUUCAACAAUCCUAUGAGGAAUCAGGGUACAUGUUUUGUAUUUAGUUUUUAGUUUCAUCUGACCAUGGUUCUGCCAUCUCUCAGGUGUGUGUCCAACUAAAUUCUAGAGUCUCAGACAUGCAGAGACAGACAUGCCUCUGUACUGCUCCAUCCAGUCUCCUUCCACUCUCCUUCCACUCUUAGCUGCAUCAUGCUUAGCCCUCUGUAGCUCUCCCUGACUCAGUGGAGUGAGUCAGCAAUUCUGUUAAGCCAUUCAUGUUAGCCCUGGCUUGGAAGGGCCACUUUCUAUUUCGGUCAGAUCUUUGGGUAAUUUGUGCACCAUAAAUGUUGUAGCCCCUUCUUCAUUUCUGUUCCUAAUCGAUGGAAGGGAUGGUGUCAAAGCUUACCCCACCCAGAAACUUACCAUCUCCCUUUGGCCGGGAAGUUCAGAUCUUCCCUCUUUCCCCUGUCAGAGCUAAUGGCAAACUACUCAGCCGGUUCUACAUCUUCACCUAUUUUCCUCUACCCAGUUUGUGGGGACAUGAACAGGAAAAGGCAGGAAAUUAGACAAUGCAUUAUCCACAAACACUGGUGGCUGCAGCCUUUUUGCUUUGGACCAGCAGAGGCUUCUUGAGAUAAUUCUUAUGUUUUUAGGUGGAGCAUGUUUCUGUGACUUCCACGGCACCCCUGCCCAAUACAUACACAUCUUAUUGCCUUAUACCCGAAGGCUUUAACUCUGUGAUGAGGCAUCAUUAAAAUUAGUCACUAAUUUGUCACUUUCUUGUCUGGUAGGUCAUCUUUUAUCAUGGGAAAAAUUCCUGAAAUGUAUCAUGAUAAUCUUUGUAAUAUCUUACCAAUAAUAUUUCUCCUCAUUUGUUUCAUGUUUCUUUUACUGUUUUCAGCUAUUACUAAUAUAUUUUGCAUUCCUUUUUUAAAAAAUUGUCCCACUCAGUAUCUUCUCCUAUAUCCUUGAUAAGAAAAACCAAAUUAAUGAUUGUAAAGAGCAGAGGUAGUAAAAUUUAAGGUGCCAGCAGAGGAAUACCGUGGUCAGGAAAAGGCAGCAAUAUAUAAGCAGUGCAUGGUUUUAACAAAGAGUGUUAAAUAUUAAACAGACAGAUGUGCUUAUUCUCACAGGUACAAAAGCAUAAUUCUACCAGGUUAUAAAUCUUGGUCUUUAGUAUUUUUCAUAGACGGAACACGGAGCAAAGUAUGAGCAUUGCAUAAAAAUCAUAUUAUUCAUUAUAACUUCUCCAGGCUGCUUUAUGAUCUAAGAAGGCCACGAUGAAGAGUAUGUUCAGAUCUCACCACAUAAUAGGGGCAGCCCGACGGUAUUCAAGUUUUAUAUGUCACUUCUCUCACCUAAGCAUGCUUUUUGAGAUAAAAUAGAGUUCCAGGGUGUGAGAGUUUGAUUUACUAUGUGUGAAGUAAGUGUUCAGGUUGUCGUAGCGCCUGUAGAAGCUGGUGGAGCAUUGUUUGUGCCAAUCUCCACUGUGGCUUCAAUCCUGGCAUCCUCACUGUGGCUCUUUCUUCAGGAGUUCUAAGCCUGUAACACUCCUAGAGUAGAGCAGGUAUUAGAGUCUAACUAUUCAUCCUGAUGUAGCAACAUCUCAAUUGUAAUGAGCUUCUGCAUCAGAAAAAAAUAUGUUCAUACAUAACUUGUUUAUGUGGCAUUUUGCAUUGUUAUAAUAUAGGCAUAAACAUUUACAUUGUGACACUUUUUAAUAUAUUCUAGACAAUACCUCUUUGAAUACUUUUGAAAUAGUGAUUUCAUCUGUGUUUGAUUAAAAUCCAUUUUGCGCACAGCUGCCUAUUUUUUACAGACUUGUGGUUGGCAGGAUGAAUUUAUUUAGUCUUUGUUGAAAAACAUUUCAAAACAGUUUGUUGCCCUAUUCUCAUUACUUAAAAAAUGUGCGUGCAUCCCUUUGGAAGAAAAUACUUAAGCCUUCCAGCAGUAGUAAUUACAGUAAUUUUUGCUUACAUUCUCUUUCCCAGAUGAUUUAAAGCUUUGUAUGAUAAAUAGAUUAGAGCCACUUUUAUUAAUGCUGCUUUGAUGGGCAAAGAAACAGGCUUAUUGGAUAGACCAGCUUUUAAUGAGGUCAUUUUGUUAAUUUAGUUACACAAUCUCCAGUAUGUAGCUUAGACAACUCUGCCUCAUUCCUUAGUAUAUCUGCUGUGACAGAUGUUGUAUCAAUUAGCUAUUGCCAAAUAAUAAACAGCGCCCCAAAUUUGACUGGCAUAUAAAAAAAAGAGCUUUUAUUUCAUACUGCUGGUUUGCAUGUAGGUUGAAGGGACUCUUCUGUAGGCUCCAGGUCAUCUGCAGCUUAGCCAAAGUCGGUCUGCUCCACAUGUUCAUUUUGGGUCUGUGCUGAAAGGUCAGUAGCUGUCAUAGUAGUGACAGAAGCAUGAUGGGCAACGCUGUAAGCCUCUGCCUGCCUCAUGUCUGCUAACAUCCACUGGCCAGCGUAAGGCGCACAACCAAGCCCGAAGUCAAGAGGCACGGAAGUACACUCCAUCCACCAAGAGAUCAUGGCAAGACUAUGGAUAUGUGCUCCUACUACAGAGGAGGGAAGAAUUGGGGCUAGUAAUUUAAUUUACAAUAAAUACAUUAUAUUAUGUCAAGCUUCCAAAGGCUCUCUUGAAGAUAAGACUUCGAUAAAACUUGGACUUCUCCUUAAUGGAAACAUUCAGGUACUAGGAGGAAUAAACAUCCCAGGACCUUUAAAAUGACCAAGUUCAACUUUGUAAUUCAGUCUCUGAAUACCUCCAUGGGUGGGCUGCUCACUUUUUGCCUCGGAAGCAAUUUUUUAUUGGGAAAUGCCCUUAUUGUUAGACCAUAUUCUCCCUUCCUGUGAUCUGCAUCUGCAGAAUCUGCCCUUCCAUGGCACCCUCAGUAGCAGCACAAAACAAGUCUCUCCCUCAAUCUGUAUUAUAGCACUCCCCUUCAGAGAAGAUACUUAUAAUCUCUCUACCUCCUCUGAUUUUUCUAGUUUACCUCCAACACCCUUCAGCCCCUCCACUUUCCAAACCACCGCCAUCUAACCUCUCCUGGAAGAUGAACCUUUGUAAUUUGUUAGAAACUCUUUUAUAAGGAACAAAACUGAACAAUCUAGUUAUGAGAAGGAAAGAGAUUCUAUUAUAAAUCACUCCUCCUGCCUUUCAAUAUCUGGUUAAAAUCCUUUGUUGCUGAAGAUGCAGUGGGUUACAAUGAUGACAGUACUAAUCAUCAUUUGCAUUGUGGCUUACCAUGGAUGUAUUUCUUGCCCAUGUAUUGUUUGCAACGACCCUACUACAAUAGAAGAAUUCAUAUUGAUCUCCAUUUCAUGUUUGGGAAUUUAGACCCAAAAAGGUCAACUUGGUUUAGAACAGGGACUUUAAACCGAGACCUUCUUAUUCCAAAACAUGUGGGGUUUUUUUUGUUUUUUUUUUUUCUUUAAUGCCAAAGCCAUCUCAUAGUCACUGUUACUCUUAACAUAGGCUGGGUAAAUUUUUUCUUGAUUUUUUUUUUUUUUU